AUGGCGAAGAGCAACCGUUCCGAUAGAAGAAAAGUUCUUCCGGAGAAGCUACCAGAAGAACUUGUUCCGGUAGCUUCUCCAAAAGAAGGUUCUUCUGGUAGAACAAAAAAUUCUUCCGGAGAAGCUACCGGAAGAACUUCUUCCGGGGAACUUCUUCCGAUCAUGGUUAGAACACGAGGUUUAGGUCAUGCUUUAGCUAGGGUUAUAGGCAGAGGUAGACAUGAUGAGCAUGAUGCAAUCGAUGUUCCCCAGAGGCGUAGGCCUACUGCAUCAGCCAGUAGGCGACGAGUACAUAUUACGAUUGAUGAGGGUGUUCCUCAGGUGACUGAGGAUGUUCCUCAUAUGGCGGAGGAUGUUCCUCAGGUGACUGAGGAUGUCCCUCAUGUGGCUGACGAUGUUGCUCAGAUGAGUGAAGAUGCGCCUCAGAUGAUCGCGGACGUAGAUGCGACUAUUGUAGAGGACUUAGGUCGUGAUGGUGCUAAGGGGUCACAUGCUGAUGAGGGAUUCCCUGGUGGGCCCCGUGACCCAUCAGUUCCGACUUCAUUUGCAGAGCAUGUCGCACAUGCCAUUUGGACUAGACAGGAGCGUCCUAAGCUGAAGUUGGUGUCGCAUGGGAGGAAGGUGGCAUUAAUUGGGAGGCCAGUGCCUGCGAUUGAAGACCUGGUUGUCACCACAGGAUUAAGUCCAUUGAUCGAGUGUACAGUUGUAAUCGGCAAUCCUGGACUUAUAUCCGUAUUUGUGGAGAGGCGGCACAGGGAGACCAGCACAUUCCACCUUCUAGUAGGAGAGUUGACGAUCACACUAGAUGAUGUGUCGUCACUCCUCCAUCUCCCUAUCAGUGGCGCUUUCCACAGCUUCGAGGCUAUUUCCGUGGAUGAGACGGUAUUUUUGUUGAUGGAGUUGCUCGAGGUGUCUGGUGAGGAGGCUAGAGCCGAGUCAAUACGAGCGCGCAGGGCAUAUGUACACCUCUCAUGGGUUCAGGAGAUCUAUGAAAUGAGAUGUCAGGCACGACGAUGGAUUGUAGCAGCUCGUGCUUAUCUACUACACCUGGUCGGUUGCACUCUUUUUUCUAACAAGAGUGCAACAAAUGUUCAUGUGGUACAUCUAGAGGCUUUUCGCGACCUGGGUCAAAGUGGGGGUAUGCCUGGGGAGCUGCGACCCUGA